AUGGAAAGAGGAUCGAAUGAACAUGGCAGCGGUAGAAAUGCUGCUGUAAGUAACUCUGGAUCACGCUACGUUCCCCCGCACCUCCGUGGUAGCGGGGGAGGUGACGCUCCCGUAGAUUCGAGAAAGAAUUACGAUAAUGAUAAUUAUGGCCGUGGUGGAAAUGGAGGAUACCGGGACAAUAACUCCUACGGCGGCCCAAGAGAGUAUUAUGGUGGUAAUGGCGGAUACCGAAGUGGCGGUGGACGUGGAGGUGGAUACGGAGGCAACUCUGGUGGACGUGGAUACAGCGGUGGCGGCGGUGGCGCUGGAGGCGGCGGCGUUGGCGGUGGCGGUGGCGGACGCUUCAAUCGCGAGGAUCGCAAUCAUGGAAGAGAUCGAUAUGAUGAUAGAAGAGGUUACAAUAAUGGUGAACGUAGCCAGACCCAGAACUCUCGUUGGCAAAACCAUGACGAGCGUGCUCCUGCUGCAUGGCUUCAUCAAUUACCUAGAGAUGAAAUGCUCGAGAAAGAGCUUUUCGCUGGUCAAUUGUCUGGAAUCAACUUCGACAAGUAUGAAGAGAUUCCCGUUGAAGCUACUGGAGAAGAUGUGCCUCCUCCUAUCUCUCUAUUUGCUGACCUGAAGCUUCAUGCAUGGAUUGAAGAGAAUAUUAAGAAAUCUGGUUAUGAAAGACCAACUCCAGUUCAAAAAUACAGUAUUCCUGCUUUGAACUCGGGACGUGAUUUGAUGUCUUGUGCCCAGACUGGAUCAGGAAAAACCGCUGCUUUCCUUGUUCCCCUGAUCAAUGCCAUCCUCAGCGAUGGACCAGAAGCUGUUUUACCACCAACGACUACUUCUAGUGGGCGUAGAAAGCUAUACCCAUCAGCUCUUGUUUUGUCUCCAACAAGAGAAUUGUCUCUGCAGAUUUACAAUGAGUCUCGAAAGUUCGCUUAUCGAACUCCCAUCACAUCUGCUUUGUUAUAUGGUGGUCGUGAAAACUACAGAGAUCAAAUCAACAAGCUGAGAGUUGGAUGCCAUAUCCUCAUUGCAACUCCUGGACGUCUAAUUGAUGUGAUGGAGCAAGACUACAUUGGACUUGAUGGAUGUCGUUAUCUGGUUCUCGAUGAAGCUGAUCGUAUGCUUGACAUGGGUUUCGAACCUCAAAUCAGACAGAUCGUCGAUAUGUCUGAGAUGCCGAGACGUGGAGAACGUGUCACUGCUAUGUUCUCUGCUACUUUCCCAAAAGAAAUCCAAAUUCUCGCCCAGGAUUUCCUCAUGCCAACUUAUGUCUUUUUGGCUGUUGGUAGAGUUGGUUCAACUUCAGAGAACAUCAUGCAAAAGAUUGUUUGGGUCGAAGAGAACGAAAAACGUUCUUAUUUAAUGGAUCUCUUAGAUGCUGGAGGACCUAAUGCUCUUACACUUGUUUUCGUUGAGACGAAGAGGGGUGCAUCAGACCUUGCCAACUACUUGCAGGGUGUUGAAUAUCAAGUUGUUGCAAUUCACGGAGACUUGAAACAAUUCGAGCGUGAAAAGCAUUUGGAUACAUUCAGAUCUGGUGUUGCUACCAUUCUCGUCGCAACUGCUGUAGCCGCUAGAGGAUUAGACAUUCCUAAUGUCAAGCACGUUAUUAACUAUGACCUACCGUCUGAUGUCGAUGAGUAUGUUCAUCGUAUUGGACGUACUGGCCGUGUCGGUAACAUCGGUUUGGCAACUUCUUUCUUUAACGAUAAAAAUCGUAAUAUUGCUCGUGAACUGAUGGAUCUCAUUGUUGAGGCUAACCAGGAAAUCCCCGAAUGGCUUGAGCGAGUGGCCGGUGAUUCCUCACGCUACGGAUCACGCGGAACUGGAAACCGUGGUCGUGGAAGUGGCAACAGAUUCGGAGGAAGAGAUCAUCGUUUGGAUAACGGAGCAAGAUCCGGUAACAACGGUGGUGGCGGUUUCAAUCAACGCUCUUCGGUUGGACUCCAUGGUAUGGCUCAGAAUCAACGUUCUCAGAAAACUCCAGCCGAUGAUUGGUGGAAUUAA